AUGGGAAUUACUUGUUCGAAUAAAUAGCGUGUGAUAAAGGAAAUAGAUAAGAUAGAUAGGUGUAUCAUGUUAUUUAAAUAUAAGCAAUAUUGAGCCACUAAAAUGCUAAAACAUCCAAUAAGAUACAAAUUAAGAAGAAUAUGAGUGUAAAUUUUGGAACAGGAAAAAAAAUUAAUGGCAACGAAAAAUUAUAUAAAUCGAAUUUACAAAAGUUGAUGAUGUUAUUGAAGUUAAGUAUCUUUUAGAUGGAUAAAUUAUAAGAAGGUAAAUAUUUUUCUACAAAAAAUACAUAGAGAAGAAUAAAAAGAUAUUAGUGUGAAGCCUCAAGUCUUAAUUAAUUUAGAACAAAUCUAUUAUCUUGAAUGGCUUGGAAAAUAUUAAGAGAAUUUUAAGAAGAUGGGAAAAUGGACAGCUAUUUGGAAGGGAGAAAAAAUUACAGAAGUGGGUGGGUAUUACUCUAAUGAGGGAAAAAAGAAUGGUAUUUGGAAUGACAUCAUAAAAAAUUAUGGAGAGUAAAAUAAUUUAUAUUUUGAAUUAAUAGACUGAGUCCUGUUUUUGAAAUCGGAGAAUACAAAGAUAAUUAAAAAAUAGGAUAAUGGAUAUAUGUUUUUGAGGGGAUGAAUAUGUAAAUUUUUCUUAAAUUUUACAGCGGUGGUGGAAAUUACAGCUAGUACAGUAAAAAGGAAGGAAAAUGGAUUGAUUUGAGUGAUUAUUUUUGCAAGUAUUUUUGGAUUAAUUAUUAGUUAGUGUAAGGUAACAUAUNUAAUUAAAAAUGUACUUUAUAGCCCUACAAAACUUAAGUCUUGCAUCAUAUAUGACAAAACAUUGCUUAGAAAUAUCAUUGAAAUGUUAUAAAAUUUGUUUAACUUUCAUAAAUCUAGGAUGGGAUAAAAUUUUUAUCUUUUAGCUUUACAAAAAAUAAUGAUUUGCUAUUUAAAAAGUUUAGAAACCAUCUUUUAAUACCUUGGAUCAAAUUGUGAAAAAAUAAAAUCUUUAAACUAUUUAACACUAAUAAUUCUAUAACUUAUAAAAUUGAGUUAGAACCUUAUGAUAAGGAAAGUUAAAUAUUGA